AUGAGCACAUUCUCGGCUGGCGAUGUUGGCCUCACGAUGGACGACUGCCCGCACUGGCUGAAGCCACGCGUCGAGGCGGCCUUCGCCCGCGCGUUGGGCUCGCUCCGACCGGCUGAAAUCCCUGCGGAGGAGGGCGGACUGGUAGCGCAGCGCGUCCGCAUCCACAGCCUGACAGGCCGCGCCGAUCUCAACGGCCAUCACGGAUGGGUCGUUCGCUUCUCGGAAGAAAAGGGACGCUACCAGACCAAGGUGGAAAGCGACGCGGGUGAGUCGGUCCUUCUUCGGCCUGCCAACUUGGAGGUUGCUGCCGACUCGGAGGAUGACUGUCCGGCGCUCACGCUGCUCGACGUCUUCAAGACCGUUUCCGGAGCUCGACGCAAUCGCUUCCACCAGCGUGCAUUGGACUGGAUCGACCGAUGGCAGAUGGUCCUUUGCGAUCGCAGCCGACAGAACAGCGCCGCCUUCCGAGUCACGCACAGCAUGCAGAAUGACGACCGUCACCCGGGCCGCGCCGCUCUGCUGGGCCUACCAACGAGCGACCGGCUUCUCGAUGACCUAGCGGAGAAUGAGUGCAUCGUGCAGUUCUUCGCGGUCUGGGGUAUCGCCGAGCGGGUUGCCUGCUGGUGGGGCAACCGCACGCAUGCACGCAAUCAGUUGGCCGAGUGGUACGAGGCCGAGGGCGACUUUGCCGCCGCCGAGCCGCUCUACGCGCUCGUGUACGAGCAGUCGCGCGCCGGCUCCCCGCACGAGGCGGCCUCCUUCGCGGACCGAGGCCACAGCCCCAUCAGGUGUGCGUUGCGUGCCACAGAUUGCCACCGCAUGCCGCGGUACGCGACGCGGUUCUUCCCCGACCCGCCCAGGGAGCGCUGCAUGUACAUCAACAACUACGCUUUGUGCCUGAAGCGGCAGAAGCACUACGCGCGGGCGAUCCAGCUGUACCGCGAGGCGGUUAAGAUGCCCGGCUGCCCGCCGGUGAUCCGCCAGAACCUGGCGCAGUGCGAGAUGCAGGUCAACAAGCCGACCGUCGGGCACGUCACAUAUGUGCCACCCGAGGCGGCCGCCGCGCUGAAGAUGACCGACGAGGCGGACAGCGCCGCGCGCGACCGCAUCAAGGAGCUUGGCAACGACGCCUUCCGACGGAGCCGCUUCGACGAGGCGAUUCGCAUGUACACGUCGGCACUCGCGGUGGACGACGCGGCGCCCGUGGCGGAGAAGGCGACGCCCGCCGAGCGAUCCAAGCUGCUGAGCAACCGCGCCGCCGCGGCAUAUGGGCACGACGACUACGACUCGGCGGCGGCGGACGCGGCUGCGGCGACCGAAAUCGACCCGAGCAACGCAAAGGCGUGGUACCGGCUCGGGCUGGCCGAGUCCUUCCGCCCGUUGCGCGGCCAGCCGCGCGACCCGGCGGUUGAGGCGCUCCUGCAGGCGAUUGAGCUCGAGCCGGACAGCGGCCUGCUGCGCAGCUCGCUCGCCGAGGCCGCGCGUGAGUUGCCUCCCAACGCGAUCGACCUCGGCGCGUGCCGCUUCGGAGACACGCCGCUCGGGCGCCUCGACCGGCUGGUGGGGACAGAGGGGCUCGAGGCCGUCACUGCCAACAACGGCUGGCUGCGCGGGGCGUUCCGACGCGCCGGCGUCGACGUGCGUCGCGAGGCGAUGCACAAACUGCCCGCCGGCUCGGCGCAGUGGGCCGCCGGCACGGGCGCGGGGAGGGAGCUGUUCAGCGUGCGCGCCGUCGACGUGCUGCGCCCGAUGAGCGAUGCGGUCUUCCGGUGCGACGAGGCCGACAUCUGCUGCCCAAUGCUCGCGUGGCUAGAGGGGAAGCAGUACAACAACGUCCAGACGAUGCACGCGCUCAACGGGCUGGGGCAGCUGCUUCGCAGCAAGGGCGCGAUCAUCGACAUCGCGCUCACGACUCCGGAGUCGCCGACAAGUCCGCCGCUGAGCGACGCGGAGCUGUGCCGGGCCUUGCUCGCGCUCGACCUGACGAAACCGGACGAGUGCGAGAAGGUCGAGCUCACGCUGCGCUUCGGCUGCCUGAUGUACUACGUGAUGCAGCGGCUGGCCCAGUCGUCGGAGGACGAGGAGGGCAAAGUCGGAGGAGGGGCCAAGAUGCUCUUCCUGCUGAUCGCCUACCUGAAGCGCAUCCUCAGCGUGCGCAACCUCUGCGUGUACGCCGCGCACCGCACACUCGCCGGCGGGGCGCGCGUCCGGCCGCUUGAGCAGCACGUGGCCGAGCACCAGCUUUGCGCCACUCACCAACUCUUUCUCAAGCACGGCGACGCGGCCGCGUCGGUCGAGCUGAUGCACACGGCGAUUGCGGCGCUGCGCGCGUCGGGGGACGCGGCGGCGCGGCUCGCGCGCGCGCUCGAGGAGUCGUACGCGGCCAACCAGUACUACUCGGCCGCGCUGAAGAGCACGCGGCUGCCCGACGAGGAUUUUGAACAGCGUGCCUUUGAACGAUCUCGGUGUCGAAACACCGCUCUGACAGCGCUCGACAGUCUACAGGCCUUUGAUGAGGGGAUGGACCUCCUUCUUCUCGAGAGCGAGUCCAGCCUGCAGACGUGGCUCCUCUGGGCGGCGGAGGCCUUCCCCCGCGACCCACGCUUCCUGAUGAAGCUCGCCACGCACAUCUACGGCCUCGCUGUGCACGGGAUCUCCGAGCGGCUCUACUUGCGCGCAGCGGAGCUCGCCGAGGCGUCGCUGCUGCCGCCAUCCGAGGGCGAGCCGCCGCCGACGGCGCAUCUUCCCGUGCGGUACUGGCUCACUAGGGACGUGCUCGAGGCGGAUCCGCACACGAUCCGGCAGGCGAUCGCAAAGUACUACGCGGACGCGCCGCCGAGGCCCGUGCCGAAGCGGAUGGCGGGCCUCCCCGACGUGGGGCCGGGCUGGAUCCCGGGGGCGGCGGUGCCAAAGGUGGGCGAGGCGGCCGUGCCGAGGGUCGGGCCGUCCGCGCUUUCUCUUUUCAAGAAAAUAGAUUGGCAGUCUUUUUGCGCGCGCGGAUCAUUGACGUUGUAG